AUGACAACACGCGCAGACCUCCUAGCACCAAUCCACGCUUUCCUAGAAGCCCUAACGAACCCAUCCCCAAACCCCGACAACCUCCUUUCGACCUUCACAACUUCUCCAAACCCCCUAGUCCACGAACACGGUCUCCCCCAACUAGCCCCCUUCCUAGGCCGACCAUUUACCGGCAAAGAUGGGAUAGCAACUUACUUCGAACUUAUCUCCUCCCUGUUGUCUAUCAAGAACAUGGUCCUCGAACCCGAAGAGAACUGGGUGGUUGAUACGAGCUGUAUGGCUGUUUCGUUUCGUGGGUCCGCCACAUUCGUCUGGAAAGAGACACGACAGGCGUGGGAUGAGACGUUCGCUUAUCGUAUUAAGCUUGCUGUUGAUGGGAGUGGGAGUGGGAGUGGAAGUGGGGAGAGGUUGGCGGUAUGUGAGUAUCAGGUUUGGGCGGAUACGGGGGCUGCGUAUCUUGCUAGGCUUGGGAGGUUAGGGGAUUUAGUAGGGUCUGGGGUUGGUGGUGGUGGUGAUGGUGGUGAGGGGAUAUAUGUGGAUUUUGAUGCAGAGGGUAAGGCAGGGUAG